AUGUCUGCCAGAUGCACAGACCGCCCGGUGUCCCGGCAUCAAUCGUCUCCGCCUGCAACUAUUGCUCCAGCUUCUCAUCACCCUCCUUCUUCAGCAGGCUUCAGACCACCUGUCAAUCGGCACUCACCUCAACUUUACAACCCGCAGCGCUUCACGCCCCGGCCGAGUUCGAAUCCGAGUCCAACCCCAGCUUUCCGCAAUACGUUUGCAUCACCGCAGGCCAGACCUACUUCGAAUCCUGGUCCUCAGGAAAGAGCUCUUGCUAAAGCGGGUCAAUACGCGCACGAACAUAAAACUCCACCGCGACACUCACGGUCGAAUUCAUACCGUUCUCCCGCACCUCCGUCCGUGCUUGCGCAUCCCGGAGUUUUCAAUCCUCAAGACCUAGAUCUUCUCCGCGCGGGCUACAAAUCCGCAUACGUUCCUAUCCCGCCUUCGGUCACGCCAAUAGCAGGACCAGCAGCAGAACUAGCACCGACAGUUCGAAACCCCCCCAGAAAAAAGUCUGUUCGAUUCAACAUGGCCGAGCCACGAGCCCGUGCGGCCCGGCACAAGGGCCAGAUGAACUUUGGUCCUGAGAAAUUAUGCCACGGUGCCGCGCAGGUCGCGCAUCAUGCCCGCCGCCAGAAGAUCAAAGUCGACGACUUCCGCUUCUCGCUACGCCGGGAUCCGAACAAGCUCGGCCGUGUGCAGGAGUUGUUGCGCAUGGAGCGUGAGCUGAAAGAGGCGCGGAAGGCUUUCGAUCAGAAUGAUGAUCAGGUUGCUAAGGGUGCUGGAAAGAAAGGAGCUCCUGUUCCUGAAGACGAUGAUAAUGUUUCAGUUACUGGUACGGUGACUGGGAAGAAGGGUAAAGGUAAGGGAAAGAGAGCUGCUGCUAAUCGGAGAGGCUCCGAUGCUACUGAGGAGUCGGUUCCUAAGAAGAGGAAGACUAUCGGGUGA